CCCCAAUAUACGAGAAGCACCUGGGGGGGCGACCAGGAGCCGCUGCCCACAGCCUCACAAGCACAAUCAAACAACGCUUCCAUAGCUGCUACUGUGGAUGGUACACACCUAAAGACCAAGUAGCUGCAGGAUGAAAACAUGGCUGCACCCCUUCUUCCUCCAGGACCUGAUAGCUUCAAGAAGUUUACUGUGGAAUCUUUGAAGACCCUUGAGCAGCGCAUCGCUGAGGAGAAGAACAGGAAGCCACCUAAACAGGACAGCAGCUACCGCGACGAUGAUGACGAGAACAAGCCCAGGCCCAACAGCGACCUGGAGGCUGGGAAGAGCUUGCCCUACAUCUAUGGGGACACCCCUAAAGGAAUGGUGGCGGUACCACUGGAGGAUCUGGACCCAUACUACCUGAAUACUCAGAAAACAUUUAUAGUGCUAAAUAAAGGGAAGACAAUCUUCCGUUUUAGUGCCACACCUGCCUUGUACUUCAUAAGUCCUUUUAAUCUGGUUAGGCGAAUAGCUAUUAAAAUUUUGAUACAUUCUCUUUUCAGCAUGAUCAUUAUGUGUACUAUUUUGACCAACUGUAUAUUCAUGACCUUUAGUGAUCCUCCCGAGUGGUCAAAACAAGUAGAGUACACAUUCACAGGAAUUUAUACAUUUGAGUCUCUUGUAAAAAUCUGCGCGCGAGGAUUCUGUAUAGAUGGGUUUACAUUCCUCAGAGAUCCAUGGAACUGGCUGGAUUUCAUGGUCAUAUCGAUGGCAUAUAUAACAGAGUUUGUGGACCUGGGCAAUGUAUCUGCGCUGAGAACAUUCAGAGUUCUCCGAGCAUUGAAAACUAUCUCUGUCAUUCCAGGCCUGAAGACCAUUGUGGGCGCCCUGAUCCAGUCUGUGAAGAAGCUUUCGGAUGUGAUGAUCCUUACCGUCUUCUGCCUGAGCGUCUUUGCCCUCAUCGGCCUCCAGCUCUUCAUGGGCAACCUGCGCCACAAGUGCGUGAUCUGGCCAAUCAACAGCACCGAGAACUACCUGGCCAACGGCAGCAAGGGCUUCGACUGGAAUGAGUACAUCAUGAACGAGACCAAUUUCUACUUCCUGCCUGGCCAGUUGGACGCUCUUCUAUGUGGGAACAGCUCUGACUCUGGCCGCUGCCCGGAGGGCUACACAUGCAUGAAAGCUGGGAGGAAUCCAAACUACGGCUACACCAGUUUUGACAGCUUCGGCUGGGCCUUCCUGGCUCUCUUCCGACUCAUGACACAGGACUUCUGGGAAAACCUUUACAUGCUGACCCUGAGGGCGGCAGGGAAGACCUACAUGAUCUUCUUUGUGUUGGUGAUCUUUGUGGGUUCGUUCUACUUGGUGAAUCUGAUCUUGGCUGUGGUGGCCAUGGCCUAUGAGGAGCAGAAUCAGGCCACCAUGGAAGAGGCUCUGCAGAAGGAGGAGGAAUUCAAGGCCAUGUUGGAGCAGCUCAAGAAACAGCAGGAAGAUGCCCAGGCCGCUGCCAUGGCAACCUCUGCGGGCACAGUGUCAGAGGAUGCAGUAGAGGACGAUGGAGGAGGGCGUCUGUCAUGCAGUUCCUCUGAGAUGUCAAAGCUCAGCUCCAAGAGUGCCAAAGAGCGGCGUAAUCGUAAGAAAAAGUGGCGGCAGAAGGAGCAGGAGAAGGAGAAAGGCGACAGUGAGAAGUUUGUUAAGUCAGAGUCGGACGACGGCAGCAAGAGGAGCCGCUUCCGUUUCCCUGAUAAUCGCCUGGGUCGAAAGUCUUCCAUUAUGAACCAGUCCCUCCUUAGUAUACCUGGCUCGCCUUUCCUGUCCCGCCACAACAGUAAGAGCAGCAUCUUCAGUUUCAAAGGACGCGGCAAGGACGUGGGCUCGGAGAACGAAUUUGCCGAUGAUGAGCACAGCACGGUGGAGGAGUGCGAGGAGCGUCGGGGCUCCCUCUUCAGCCCAUAUCGGCGGAACAGCUACAGCGGCUUCCACGGGAAGAGGAACAGCACGGUGGAUUGCAACGGCGUGGUGUCACUCAUCGGCCCUGGGCCCGGCGGACGCCUUCUGCCUGAGCCGACUACUGAGGUUGAGGUGAAGAAGAAGCUGUCGGGCUCCCUGAUGGUGUCUGUGGACCAGCUCAAUACCUCCUUUGGGCGGAAAGAGCGGGCCAACAGUGUCAUGAGCGUCAUUACCAACACACUAGUGGAGGAACUCGAGGAGUCUCAGCGCAAGUGUCCGCCAUGCUGGUAUAAGUUUUCUAACACAUUCCUGAUCUGGGAGUGCUCCCCCGCGUGGAUUAAGAUCAAGGAGAUUGUGAACCUGAUAGUCAUGGACCCCUUCGUGGACUUAGCUAUCACCAUCUGUAUCGUCCUCAACACCCUCUUCAUGGCCAUGGAGCACUACCCCAUGACCACCGACUUUGAAGACAUGCUGUCUGUAGGCAAUCUGGUGUUCACGGGGAUCUUUGCUGGGGAGAUGCUUUUCAAGCUGGUGGCUAUGGAUCCGUACUACUACUUCCAGGAGGCCUGGAACUGUUUUGAUGGUUUCAUUGUGACGCUGAGUUUAGUGGAGCUGGCUCUGGCUGACGUUGAGGGCCUCUCAGUCCUACGGUCGUUCCGAUUGCUGAGAGUGUUUAAGCUAGCCAAGUCAUGGCCCACCCUCAACAUGCUGAUCAAGAUCAUUGGUAACUCGGUGGGAGCCUUGGGGAACCUGACUCUGGUGCUGGCCAUCAUCGUCUUCAUCUUUGCUGUGGUGGGCAUGCAGCUGUUUGGCAAGAGCUACAAAGACUGUGUGUGUAAAAUCGCUGCUGACUGUGAGCUGCCCCGCUGGCACAUGAAUGAUUUCUUCCACUCCUUCCUGAUCGUCUUCCGGGUGCUGUGCGGUGAGUGGAUCGAGACCAUGUGGGACUGCAUGGAGGUGGCAGGCCAGGGCAUGUGCCUCAUCGUCUUCAUGAUGGUCAUGGUCAUCGGUAAUCUCGUGGUGUUGAACCUGUUCCUUGCCUUGCUGCUGAGCUCAUUCAGCGCUGACAACUUGGCUGCGACGGAUGACGACGGUGAGCCCAAUAACCUGCAGAUCUCCGUCAUGCGCAUCAAGAUAGGCAUUGCGUGGAUAAAAGCGAAGGUGGCGAUACUGGUGGCCAGUCUGCUGAAGAAACCACCGAUGGAGGACGAGCAGAAGCCUUUGGAUGACAUGUAUGACAAGAAGCUGAACUGCAUUGCUAACCACACCGGGGUGGACAUCAACCGUGACCUGGACUAUGCCAAGAAUGGGAACGGCACCACCAGCGGUAUUGGCAGCAGCGUGGGCAAGUAUAUGAUUGAUGAGGACCACAUGUCGUUCAUCCACAACCCGAACCUGACUGUCUGCGUGCCCAUAGCUGUGGGGGAGUCUGACUUUGAGAACCUCAACACAGAGGACUUCAGCAGCGAGUCGGACAAUGAGAACAGCAAAGAGCUGGAUGACACCAGCUCAUCAGAGGGCAGCACCAUCGACAUCAAGCCAGAUGUGGAGGAGGUGGUGGUGGUGGAGGCGGUUGAGGAAUACAUGGAACCAGAGGCGUGUUGGACAGAUGCUUGUGUGGCCAAGUAUAAGUGCUGUUAUCUUGACAUCACUGUGGGUUGGGGGAAGAAAUGGUGGUGGUUGAGAAAAACCUGCUACCUGAUUGUGGAGCACAACUGGUUUGAGACCCUCAUCAUCUUCAUGAUUCUCCUCAGUAGCGGCGCCCUGGCCUUUGAGGAUGUGUACAUCGAGCAGAGGAAGACCAUUCGGAUCAUUUUGGAGUAUGCCGACAGGGUUUUCACCUACAUCUUCAUCCUGGAGAUGUUGCUGAAGUGGGUCGCCUAUGGUUUUGUGAAGUAUUUCACCAAUGCCUGGUGUUGGCUGGACUUCUUCAUUGUGGAUGUGUCUAUAGUCAGCCUUGUAGCUAAUGCGCUGGGCUACUCCGAUCUAGGGCCCAUUAAAUCACUCAGGACACUAAGGGCCUUGAGACCCCUCAGAGCCUUGUCACGUUUUGAAGGGAUGAGGGUGGUAGUCAACGCCUUGGUGGGUGCCAUCCCUUCCAUUAUGAAUGUGUUGCUGGUUUGCCUCAUCUUUUGGCUGAUUUUCAGUAUCAUGGGGGUCAACCUGUUUGCGGGCAAGUACUACUACUGUUUCAAUGAGACAUCUGAGGAAUACUUUCCCGUCGACGAGGUCAACAACAAGACCCAGUGUGAGGACCUCAUAAGAAGAAACCAUACGGAGGUCAGGUGGAAGAAUGUCAAAAUCAACUUUGACAAUGUGGGCGCGGGCUACCUGGCCCUGUUGCAAGUGGCCACAUUCAAAGGCUGGAUGGAUAUUAUGUACGCAGCUGUGGAUUCCAGAGAGGUGGAAGACCAGCCCGACUAUGAAGUCAACAUCUACAUGUACAUCUACUUUGUCGUUUUCAUCAUAUUUGGCUCCUUCUUCACCCUCAACCUCUUCAUUGGUGUGAUCAUUGACAACUUCAACCAGCAGAAGAAAAAGUUUGGAGGUCAGGAUAUCUUUAUGACAGAGGAACAGAAAAAGUACUACAAUGCCAUGAAAAAACUGGGGUCCAAAAAGCCACAAAAACCCAUUCCUCGACCGCAAAACAAAAUCCAGGGCAUGGUGUUUGACUUUGUGACGCAGCAAGUCUUUGACAUUUCCAUCAUGAUACUCAUCUGCCUCAACAUGGUCACCAUGAUGGUGGAAACAGAUGAUCAGUCAGAUGAAACAGAGCUCGUCCUCUACUGGGUCAACUUCAUUUUUAUUGUAGUCUUCACCACAGAGUUCUUGCUGAAGCUCUUUGCCCUUCGCCACUAUUACUUCACCAAUGGCUGGAAUAUCUUUGACGUGGUGGUGGUCAUCCUGUCCAUUGUCGGCAUGUUCUUGGCUGACAUCAUUGAGAAGUACUUUGUGUCACCGACCCUGUUCAGAGUGAUCAGGUUGGCUCGUAUUGGCCGUAUCCUCCGUCUGAUCAAAGGAGCUAAGGGCAUCCGGACCUUACUCUUUGCUUUGAUGAUGUCACUGCCAGCCCUGUUCAACAUUGGCCUACUGCUCUUCCUAGUCAUGUUCAUCUUCUCCAUCUUCGGCAUGUCUAACUUUGGCUACGUAAAACAUGGAGCGGGCAUUGACGACUUGUACAACUUUGAGACCUUUGGCAAUAGCAUGAUCAUUCUGUUCAUGAUCACAACGUCGGCUGGAUGGGAUGGCUUGCUGUUGCCGAUCCUCAACUACCCACCAGACUGUGAUCCCAGUUUGGAAAACCCUGGUACAUCAGUGAAGGGCGACUGUGGUAACCCAUCAGUGGGAAUCUUCUUUUUUGUCAUGUAUAUCAUAAUUUCUUUCCUGAUUGUGGUCAACAUGUACAUCGCCAUCAUCCUGGAGAACUUCAGUGUGGCCACAGAGGAAAGCGCCGAUCCUCUCAGUGAAGACGACUUUGAGACCUUUUACGAGAUCUGGGAGAAGUUUGACCCUACUGCGUCUCAGUUCAUCACUUUUGCCAAGCUGUCUGACUUUGCUGACGCACUGGAGCAUCCACUUCGUGUGCCGAAGCCCAACACAAUAGAACUAAUUGCCAUGGACAUGCCCAUGGUGAGUGGCGAUCGCAUUCACUGCCUGGACAUCCUGUUUGCCUUCACAAAGCGAGUGCUGGGUGACAGUGGUGAGUUGGACAUGCUGAGGCAGCAGAUGGAGGAGCGUUUUGUGGCAGCCAACCCCUCUAAGGUGUCAUAUGAACCCAUCACCACCACACUUCGCCGCAAACAGGAGGAUGUCUCCGCCAGAACUAUCCAGAAUGCCUACCGCACCCACCUUAUCAGGCGUGGCAUCAUCUUCAAGCGCCAUACUUUUACUAACAAUAAGCUCGAGAACGGCGGGACCAACAAUGAGAAGAAGGAGAGCACACCAUCCACAGCCUCUCUCCCCUCUUAUGACAGCGUGACCAAACCUGACAAGGAGAAGCAGGAUGAAAACAAGGAGGAGUGGGCCAGGAAAGAGAAGGACAAAAACCAAAAAGAUGAGUGGGAAUCCAAGUGUUAG